UUCUUGUUUGUUUUGACAUGUAACCGUAUUCUCUUCGGGUUUAAAUUCAUUUCAGUGAAUAAUUUAUAUUAGAGGAUAUACUUAUUUGAGCUUCUAUCUAUUUUGGUUUUAUUUCUAAAAAGGCUUUUCAGUAUAUUGGUAGAUUCUAUAUAAUAAUCAUUUGCAUAAUUACGCGACUGCUUGCUAUUUCACUGUCUGUUUCUCACCCACACAUGGGCCAAAGCUGUUACUCUCUUCCUCUCUUGUUUCGAUUUCGAUCUACACGUACGCUGGCUACAAUUAUGUUGUCGGUGCUGUUGCGCUUUCAGUUCUCGGUCGGUCGUUACGCGUAACGGUUGUGUUGACUUUCGUGCUGCUGCUGCUCGCUGGCUGAUGUGAUACUUGGACAAAUUGCAUUUAUGUAUAUAAGCCAACAACGUCAGCGCAGAAAUCCAAUUCAUCUUCCUGGAAAAAAAAACUUGUUUACUUUAAUUCAAUUAUCAACGUGCGACUGUGAAAUUGUAGCCUUGACCGCUAAAAAUCUAGGCAAUUUUAAAUUUGCAAUUGUGUUGGUGACCACCACUGGCUACUGCUUGACAGUGUGUGUGCAAGUGUGCGGGAGUAUUUAUUGUCAUACUCGAUUGCAGUUGCGCCGCCAAAGCAUAACACAAACUGCACAUAACUGUAAACUUGUAGAAUCGGUGGGAGUGUAAGGAGAGCAGCGCCACCGCAGGCAGAAGAAGAGGUUAAAGCAGCGACAUGGUCGUCAAGGAAAUGCCACUGCACGAGAAUCUGAGCAUGGAGAGCCGGCAUGGCAAUUCCCUGGGCACACCCGCUGGCAGCAGCGGACCCACAGCAGGAGCCACUUGCUCACGCAUGGGCCGACGAUACACCGUGUCCCUGACGACGGCGGUGCUGUUGGCAUCCUUCUUCGCUUGCACAAUACUCGCCGUUGGCUUUAUUGUGUAUAAUUUUGCGACUUGCGGCGAUCUGGAGCCCGCAAGCGGUGAGGAUAUUGUUUGCACCAGCGUAAAUUUGCGCAACUCAAAACAUGCGCAUGACGCCAGCGAUGGACCCAAAUACGAUCAGGAUGUUCGCCUGCCCCGCUCCAUACAGCCGCUUAAGUACAAUAUCACGCUGGAGCCGCAGCUGAGCGGCAAUUUCAGCUUCACCGGCAGCGUACAGAUUCGUGUGCGUGUGCUCGAGGAUUGCUACAACAUAACCAUGCACACCGAGGAUCUGAACAUAACGCGCAACGAUGUGACCGUCCAUCGUGCGCUGCCCAGCGGCAAGGACGAGUGGGAGUCGGACAGUCUACGCAUCCAUAAGCAGUACCUGAUCGGUGCCAAGCAGUUCUUUGUCAUUCAGCUGUACGAUAAAUUGCAUCGAGGCUCGGAAUAUGUGGUGCACAUACGCUUUUCGGGCAUUAUAAAGGACUAUUUGCAGGGCUUCUAUCGCAGCUCCUAUAAGAUGCUCAAUGAGACCAGGUGGGUGGCUUCUACGCAGUUUCAGGCAACGGACGCCCGCCGCGCCUUUCCCUGUUUCGAUGAGCCGGCACUUAAGGCGAAUUUUACGCUGCACAUAGCACGCCCACAUAACAUGACAACCAUCUCCAACAUGCCCAUUGUCAGAAGCAAUAAUCACGAAUCGUUACCCGGUUAUGUGUGGGAUCACUUCGCGGAAUCGCUGCCCAUGUCCACGUAUCUGGUGGCCUAUGCCAUAUCUGAUUUUUCGCACAUGUCGUCUGGUAAUUUCUCUGUCUGGGCCCGUGCCGAUGCCAUUCAAACAGCCGAGUAUGCGCUGAGCGUGGGUCCCAAGAUCCUUGAUUUUCUGCAGACCUAUUUUGGUGUCGCAUUUCCUUUGCCCAAGAUCGACAUGAUAGCGCUGCCCGAGUUUCAGGCUGGAGCUAUGGAAAACUGGGGCCUCAUCACAUUCCGGGAGACAGCCAUGCUGUACGAUAAGGGCGUAGCCACAGCCAGCAACAAGCAGCGCGUUGCCUCCGUGGUUGGACACGAGUUGGCCCACCAGUGGUUCGGUAAUCUGGUCACGCCCAGCUGGUGGUCGGAUAUUUGGCUAAAUGAGGGCUUUGCCAGCUAUAUGGAGUAUCUGACAGCGAAUGCUGUGGCGCCCGAGUGGAAGCUGCUCGAUGAAUUUGUAGUCAAUGAGCUGCAGACUGUAUUCCAAUUAGAUGCCCUUGCGACAACGCACAAGAUCUCGCAGGAGGUCGGCAAUCCGCAAGAGAUUUUCCAAUUGUUUGAUCGCAUUUCGUAUGCCAAAGGCUCCACAGUAAUACGCAUGAUGAGCCACUUUCUGACCGAUACCGUCUUUCGGGGUGGACUCAGCAAGUAUUUGCAGAGAAUGGCGUAUAAGUCCGCCACGCAGGACGAUCUCUGGCGCUUUCUGACUGACGAGGCAAAAACUUCGGGCCUGUUAGAUAGCAGUACCAGCGUCAAGGCUAUCAUGGACACCUGGACACUGCAAGCUGGCUUUCCAGUGGUCAAGAUCUCGCGGCAUCCCAAUACGGACGCCGUGCGCCUGGAGCAGGUUCGUUUCGUCUAUGGCAAUAGGAGCAAAACAGACGACCGUCCGCUCUGGUGGAUACCUAUUACAUAUACCACUGCAGACGAGCUUAACUUUGAGAACACACGACCCACCACGUGGAUGCCGCGCACCAAAACCUACGAGCUGGAAAAUCGCAAUCUUUCUACAGCCAAAUGGUUUAUAUUCAAUAUACAGCAAACAGGCUACUACCGCGUCAACUAUGAUCUGGACAAUUGGCGUGCGGUGACCCAACAUCUAAUGGAUGCAAAAAACCAUCUAGAAAUUGCGCCCGCCAAUCGUGCCCAGCUAAUUGAUGAUGUGAUGAAUCUGGCACGCGGCUCCUAUCUGUCAUAUGACACUGCCAUGAAUCUUACGCGCUAUUUGGCAUAUGAGACAAAUCAUGUGCCCUGGAAGGCAGCUAUUACCAAUUUCAACUUUAUCGAUUCCAUGUUUGUUAACUCUGGGGAUUACGAUUUGCUUAAGGACUAUCUGUUAAAGCUGCUGCGCAAGGUGCAGUACGAGGUGAUGUUCACUGAAGCGCCUCGCGGUAAGGAAGAUAUUCCGCUCUUGUUAAAGCGCUCUGAAAUAUUUAGCAUGGCCUGUCAUCUGGGCCACCGGAAGUGCAUCUCGGAGAGCACCAAGCAAUUCCAAAACUGGAUUGAAACUCCCAAUCCCGAUGCUUAUAAUCCCAUUAGUCCAAAUAUGCGUGGCAUUGAAUAUUGCUCGGCCAUACAGUAUGGCACGGAGUACGAGUGGGACUUUGCCUUCAAGCGCUAUUUGAAGUCGAAUGUGCCAGCUGAGAAGGAGCUGCUACUGAAUGCAUUGGGCUGCUCAAAGGAACCUUGGCUGCUGUACAGGUAUCUGCGUCGCGCCAUUGCCGGUCAGGACAUACGUAAGCAGGAUGUAUUCCGGGUCUUUGCAGCCGUGUCCAACACGGUGGUAGGUCAGCAGAUUGCCUUCGAUUAUCUGCGCAACAACUGGCAGGAGAUAAAUAUUUACAUGGGCUCACAGAUAUCCAACAUUCACACGCUGCUCAAGUUUGUUACCAAGCGCAUGAACACAAAAUUCCAGCUGGCCGAGCUGGAGGCAUUUGUGCGCGAUGCGAACUGGGCUUACGACAGGCCCAUUCAGCAAAUUGUGGAACAGGUGGAAAUCAGCGUUGACUGGAUGAAUCGCAAUUACAAAACGAUUGUCAAAUGGCUGCAGCGUGAGGCAGGCACGCUGGCCACGUAGACACUAAUCCACG